AUGUCAUCGUUGAGCGAUGAUGAGUUGAGAUCUGCCCUUCGUGACCACGGCGUCCAUGUUGGUCCAAUUACAGAAACCACCAGGAAAGUUUAUGAGAGAAAACUGGCUAAGGUCACUGCACAAAACGUAGAUAAAGAGGAGAAAGUACGUUUACGAAUUGACUGUCCAUCUUUUAGAGAAACCGUCGUCAACCCAGGUCGUCUACCAAUCCACCGGGCAGUUUUAAAACUGAAGGUGAGUCGUGUGUAAACUAUCUGUCAAUUGUUAUGUUUGUCGACGAAAGUGCUUUCGCUGACGGCCUUAUCCUCGGGAAUCCAUCAGAUUUCUUACUCAAAUGUAUUUAACUACCCAAUCAUACAAAUUUAAGACUUAUUUAUGAAAUGCAACUUAGUUUUAGAGUUUUCAGUAUUGUCCUCUGCUGUCGCCUUCGUACUCCUACGAUCGUAGAAGUACGUCGGAGUUAUAGGCUUAUGCUGACACGAUCUUGACUCAUGAGACCAGAGCGUAAAUCGCUGCGCUCCGCGACGAUCUAGAUGUUGUCAGCGGUUUCUGGGUUGUAGCGCUCAGGAUUAAGUUGUUUGGAUUUGUGUUCCACUGUUUUUAAGUUGUUAGGCUCGUGAAUUCAGGAUUUGGAUAAACGCCUAUCAGCCGUAAGGCUCCAAUUCGGCCACAGGCAUUCUCAAGCUAGAUUUGCCAUCACAAUUUCGAGCCUUAAAAAUAGUCGCGAAAAGCGAAGUUCGGCAGCUGGAGUUUUUAUUCCAUCAGCGAAGCGUAUUUCUUAAAUCAUUGUAACAGCUGUAUCGAGUUUGUGCGAUGACAUGCAACACAAAGUUGGCGAAGGAAGACGAGCAGCGUUCAGUGAGGCAUGCUAUAUAUAGUCCGCGUCAGAGUGUGCGUGGGAUUAAAGUAAAUCGAUUUUAGUUGAGGCACCAUGUGUACUGACCUCAGCGACCGCCAUAGCUCCUGGACAUGUCAGACGGCUUUGCACUCUCAGGCUGCUCACAAUAGGAAAUGUUUCGUAUUGCAAAAAAGCAGUGUUGAUUUUCUCUAAGUAGGCUUUAGCUAUAUGUACAUUACCGCUUAAGUAGGGGAUACCAUCGGUGACCAUUUUGCUUCGAUAGUUGUUUUAGCUCAUAGGCAGAAGGGACUGAUUAGGUAAAAUAUUCAUGGCAGGCACCAUUGAUGCAGAAGACUCAGAGCUUUGAUCCAGUCAUUUGGCCAUGCUGACAUAGACAACCGUCUCUGAGGUGUCUUCAGUCUAAAAUAUCUUGUUUCAAUUAGAGCACUCUCCAUGACCUGCCGAAUCACAAUACAUGACCGCAUGAAUUGCAUCUGCCGAAACGAUUCGACUGCAUCAUAUCGUAAGUUCAGUCGUCAACGGGGUCGUCCGAUUUUUGGAGUCUUGCCCCUAUGGACCGCACAUUCUGUGUAACACGACCACAACAAAUUCUGCGAGAUAUUUAAUGCGCUCUAACAUUACUGGACGUUAAAGGUGUACUAGUCGUUUAACUCGUCUGCUCCGACUAUCACAUACGACCAGGCUACGAUGGUGUCAUCCAAGUCAGACGUAAUGUUUCGCAGGCGGCGGAAUUUUGCUCAGGUCAUGGACCAGUCAAGCUCUCCCUGGCGCACCUGUACAUGACCAUAGCCUUCUGUCUGCCGAGGAUGUCUGUUAUACGGUCAGGGAAAGAAAGCGCAUCAGAGUGUUCGUCGAGGACACUUCCCCGGCAGUUUUUGCAAGUCCUGUUCGAGGGGGGGGGGGUUGAUUAAUUGGUUACACGAAAGUAAGUCCUUCAAAAAUCAGGACGACCCAUCCUGAUUUCGCUGUCGGAGAUAACUGCCUCGGCUGCUUUAAAUUAUACUUUCUGUCAAACAGACACUGUGAGUGCAAAUACGGCUCGGGUGACCUUCCUCAAACUCCUUCGAAACCUAAAUAAUCAGCGUGAAGUCAGAAAGAUAAACCAAGACUGUGAGAGGCAUCGGUCAAGACAAUCCUCCGAUGUGGCCGUGAGACAUGGUUCUUGAGGUCAGAAAAUAUGAACUUUCUGGAAGUAUUUGACUUAUGUUGCUUGCGCCUUAUUGUGUAAGUUAUUCUCCCCGAUCACAUCUCAACUGAACAACUAUUAAGUCGGUUGGGCGAAACCCGUAAACCCCUUCCUUGUCGCUCUUAGAUUAAGAUUCCCCAGCGCUCUUCUGCGUCGAGCUAUAAACGAAACAGUUCGAAACGUCAUGCUGCCUGAAAUAAUGUCUGCCGGGCUGGCCAUGGUAUCAAGAACGGGCCCGUGGCCCAGUGGUUAGAGGCGUUGGACUUUUAACUAACAGGUCGCUAGCUCGAGACCCAGGUGUUCCACACUUCGGGGCUGAGUCUGACUGGCUGACGACAGCUAAUAAGCCAGAAAUGGCCACCCCAGUCUCCCUUGUCUUUGUCGGUAAUAACAUACAGCCGGUAUCGAGAUUUCUAGUUGAAGAGUUGGGCUUAUUGAAAACUGUCACCGAAAAUACCUCAGGUCCCUUCGCUCUUCGGUCUGCAGGACUACCGGGCCAACUAGUUCCACUUCACUUCGGUGUCUGUCGCUAACCGACUUCCGAGAUUUACGAUGAACCUUGAUGAGGCGAACAUACGGAGAUCAACACAAGGGCAGGUGAGUGGGACGUGUGUCAAACGAUACUGACUACUGAAUCUUCUAGUCAGACUGUCGUCAUGGAUUAGGAACGACGAAGGCACUUAAUCACUAGAUUUCUCUAACUUACUGGGACUUUAGUAUUAUAUGCCUGUGCUUUGAAAUUACUGCGCUAUCCGCUUCAAUACUAGGCGAAGCCGCUGCGUGCGGUCUUUCUGAUGAUCUUGAAAUAUGGAACAGAAACGUGUAGUGUCUGCUGCCAGGAAGGGCUGGACUUUGACCACCGAGCAUCUCACGAUGGAUCAUCCUGUCGACAUUUUUACGCACUCAUUACGCGUAUUUUGUUCAGUGUUUGGUAAUCGAGGUGGGAUUGAAGAUGUCUAUUCCGAGGAUGUCGCCGGUCUGAUAUUUCAAGCACGUUUACCUUAGUCAUCCCUGAAUCAGCUUCCACUCGAGGGACUCUGCUCUUCUGCUGUUACAACGCAGUAGUUGCUCUAUGCAUAUGAGAAGAGCCGUUUGGAACAUUGGUAAAGAAUGUAGCUACAAUAAACUUCGGACGCCUUAUUAUUUUUGCAGUGGCCGGCAUCAUUUGUCCGCAUCACAGCCAUUGAAACCACUAAUCGUCACAAUAAGGGCUCUGCUGAAGGUGCGUCGCGUAUUGAAACAAUUGAUACUGAUUUUUCCUGUCACUAGUCCAGUGCUCUUGUUAUUUCCCCGUGCUUUCAGACCUGAAUUACAAACGCGAUGGCUCCGGCGAAGAUCCUACCAUUUGCCGGGCCAUUUUUCCCGAGAAGUCUAUCUAAAGCAGGCUUGACGAUUCAUGCUUGAGUCGGUCCCCGACAGGCAUUGUAAAUUGAGUUCGUUGUUUCCUCCGUUUGUUGGCGUCAGACCACAAGGCAGCGUUCGGAAGAGAAAUCAUUUGCAGUAGUUUUCGUGUUUCUUGAAAUGCUAACGGAAUUUCUGCAAUGUCGUUGAUCAGAAAGGGUUACUUAGGUAGAUGUGCGGUUAAGUAUCGUGCACCAUAAUCCAAAGACAUUUUAGUCGGGCUAAAAUGCUGACUUUUGGGCGCAAUUACUUCCGGCCGCCUGCAAAAACCACAUUUGGUAGAAAAUGGCUGCUGAAGCAGCACUACCUUUUCUUAUUGUCAAUUCUCUUGACAGAAAACAUGCACAGAAUAUCCUUUCACGUACUCAUUUGGUAGCAAAUUACGUCUUAGUCUAAUUCAAUAUUCGAAGAUAGGGUAUCUUUUUCAACUUCUUAAUACGUUUGUACUCGGCUAGCCGUUGCACAUGGGGUUUAGGACCUCAAAACUACCGGCUGAGUGCAUGUUAAUGCAGGGAACCUCACAUGUAUCAACACCACCAAGGAGAUACCACAGAAGACUCGUAGGACUCGUAUGGGCUGUUUUGCUUAAUCCAUGAGAAUAGCAGAUAUGUGCUAUACUAUUUGAAUGGACAUCUCGUGGUUUUAACAUCCCAUAAUCCCAAAGUUUUUUUUAACCGAAAAGCACAUUACCAUCGAGUAUUAAGUGUUGAGACGUAAGCUUCUACCAGAUAAGCACAAAAAGUAUACUUAUGAAUUUUUUCGGGCAACGAAAAUAAACGUGAAAAUUUGAAAAUACUCCAGUAACUAUUUUUUAGUGAGUGUAGUUUUUGAAUUUGUCCUGAAGGACGUACGCUCAAAAUUCGGCGUCCUAGUGUGACUGGAGUAUCUCAGGAUUGUUGCACAAUAAUUAUUAUUACAACUCGGCGUUAGCAGCUAUGUCUAACCAAAACAUUUUAGAAUUUCCGUAAACAUUUCCGUAAGACACUCCAUCUACCGUACUUGAGUUUUUAUGAUUGUUACGUAAUCGCAACCUUAUACUUUUUGGGGCACUUCUUGUCCCAGAUUUGAAUCCUGUGCCCCAGUAAUCUUACCGCUGUUGACUCAGCACUCAGUUCGUCAGUCUUGAAGGCCUGAUUCACGGGCAGCCCUUCUUAUAGACCGUUUUUCCAUGCCAGCUCGUGGAAGUGUCGAUCAACCAGCAACUGAGAUCUCGAACAGGUUUUGUCAUUCCGAAAUUGCUGCCUCCGAAUGGUACCGUAAGAUUGUACUUUACCAAGGGGUUUACUUGAGCCUAUUUAAUUGAAACUAGCCCGACGUCUAGAGUUCGUGAUGAAAAUACCUCUCGUAGUAUUUUGUGAGUUUUUCACACAAGCUCUUAGUCUGUCUUCCACCUAGGCGAUGUCGCUGGUGUGUCCUUGGCUUGCCUACAAGAUGCAUUAUCGCGUUCCUGCACUUAGGCAUUUGUUUCAUUGUUCUUGCCUUUAUAAGUGCCACAAAGAUGGACACUGUGCCCAUGCUUCCCUCUGAAGGCUCGAAAGAAACUUUGCCGUCGUCAAGGCUUCAACGUUUCUUUCCCCACUUUGAUUAUUUCAGGAUAUUGCUUGUGUAAUCGGUCGUCGUAGCAUUGUGGGAUGUUUGAGUAAUCCAAGCGCUUAUGGACGACUUCUAGUUUUUACCUGCUGUUUACCUGUCCAAUUUAAUAACUGGGUUCUUUCAACAAUCAGAGCCUCAAACGUCGGUCCAUGCAAAAAUUUGGUCUGCCCAGACUCCCGCCAACUUCAGUAGAAGUCCUUCCGAGCAACCUACCGACAGGUUGUCUAGCGAGGUAGUUCGACGCGAACCCCGAAGCCGGUCUUCUGUCUUCUACUCCGAUGAACCAUUUUUCAAUCCCCAGACGGCCUCCCCUCAGCAAAAUCCCGGUAACACGCCUUCACGACCAGUGCUUCGCUUCGAUCCGCUCGACUCGGCGUCAGUCCUCCAGGAACAGGAACAUAGACCUACAAACACACCAAUCCGCAGCAGAGGCUUAGACGAUAUUGACAAUAAUUUGGACAACCACAUCGUUACUCGUCAGUCUCCUACUCCCGUGGCCCGGUCUACCAGUCGAUUCUCUUUUUUCCGUCCUCUGCAGACGGCGCCACUGUAAGUAUCCGUCUGUAUUGUUUUGAAAAUGCCCAAGUCAUGUUAGUCUACUCUAGGAGCAGUACUGAAUGGGAGGAAGCGUAAACUACUAGACGAUAAUUCUCCAUGCUGCUGCCAAGCGUCAUCUCCAUUAUUCCCCUCAAACGCCCAGUAGAAAUUAAAGUCUCGCGUCACCUCCAUAGGGCGUAUCCAAUUGUUUGGUCCCGAAUCCGUUGUGCCAAACUGUCUCGACUUCGUAUGUGGAAUCUUCCGGCAGUUUGCCUACUAGCUAGUUGUUGAGUUGUUUGAAAAAAUCUGGUCCUAUUGACACCGGUUUCUCGUGUUUGUGCUCUUGUUUGGGAGUAGGCUGGCUUGCCAUAGAAUUGCGCGGAUGUGUUUGAAUGAGGAGCGUAGACCUAGUAUUGUGCUAAAAAUCCUAGUAAUGACAGGCCUAAAACGUCUACCCUGGCAGCUACCUUCCUUUUAGUUUGGAUGCCUUCGAUUAUACUCUGUCGAUCAUACGGUCAUUUGCUCCUCUCCUCCCAGUUGCUUGUUUUCGUGUUAUUUGCCAUUUAGGCCUUUUUAUGUAGUCCCCUUGGAACUUUCCUCUUCCCAGCGAAGCUAAGUUAAGGGCAGUUCGACCACUACGAACGACGACGUCCACGUGUCCCACGUAGUUGAGCGCAUGAUGGUGAUCUGCGCAUGAAUCAGUGUAUAAUGAGGCAGACUUGAUCAUAAUCUACCGCACCACGCUGCGAUGACGAGACGAUGUCGAGCCGACCGGAGGUGAGCUCAAUAACAGGGACUGACAGAGCUGGACAGACUGUCUACGCGUGCUACACACCGUGUGGUCCCCACCACAUGCACCAGGACUCUGUAAGCGUGACUCGGAUCUCAAAUGAGUAUGCCGUACAAGUCAAAUUGAGAAUGAGCCUGGGAAGGGUCGAGCCAUCCCGUUAGGUGGCAAUUUUUCAAAAUAGGACUCUUCCCGCGCCAUGAUAUAGUCGAGCGUGUGGAUUUAUUACAGUUAGGAAUGUGCUGACUUGCAAUGGGGAUUGAUUUUCCAGUCUCGGCCACAGCCUCUCUUCCUUUUCCCAUGCUCUAUACGACUGCCCGAGCCUGUCAGUCAGCGGGUACUGGGAUUAGACUCAGUGACCGACGCGACAUGAAGGUCUGCGUCUAAGACGUGCCAGCGCACGCAUACAAGACAGCACACGCGAGACUCUACAGUCCGCUGUGUGCCAGUCUGAUAUUAUGGCCAAGCGCAUUUGCAGAGCAACCCGUUAGGGGUGCUAGGACGCAGGACAUAGGGCGAAAGUGAAUAACAACAACUGAAUGAAAACCACCACCGUGUGCUGACUGAUUUGUUACGGACUACAAUACCCGACAACUUGAAAAGCGUGUCGGUUCGAUAAUUGAAACGCGUAGGCCUUCUGCAUAACCGUCCUCUGCUAUUUGUGCAGUUAUUUAUCUACAGUGUUCGGGCUUUUCCGUUUUAAUAAUUCAUGACCUAAGGACUGACGGCCUGGGCCUCUGCGAUUUUGUUGGACUUUUCACAGAGGGCGAUGGGGAAAUCGAUGUUUCUUUUGAUUUAUGAGGUUCCCGAUGGAAUCGACGGAAUACGACUUAGGAGUUAUCAAAUUUCUUUUAAUUCAAACUUUUCUAUUCUUUGAAUUUUAUUCAAAUGCGAUAGAGGCAUUCACAAAAAUUGUCUUAAGUCAAAUACGGCUGCUGUGCGCUGUAAUGAUUGUGUCUUCACCGAAAAUAUCCUUCCAUGCAGACCCAGCCAGUCAAUUUUUCUUAAGACCAGUUCUAGGGGCCCAGGAUACGCCUAUGCGAUACUUCGUCAAUUUUAGCACCUACCACCACUCCCUGCACGGACAGCGGUUACCUGUGUGCGCAUUUGUUCAUAGUUGCGAGGCCUUCUGCAGCUCCAAUUCUCUCUUUCUCUCUCUCUCCAAGCCUAUUCAUUGGAUAAAUUAGUCCAACACGACCGAAAGUGUGCGUAGGCACUGCUUUUGAACAGCCAGUUGACUCCAUGUUCCACGUCCCCAACUGACCUAGAACAGAUUUCACACUGGAAUUGCGAUCAGCGCUAAAUCGUGCUGGAACCACCACAGUGUAAGUAUCAGUCUCGUUUGAGUGGAUUUUUCGGAUGCCCAAGAUUGACGCAUAAAAUACUUCCCGGUCGAACUGAGCCAGGAUCACCAUUGCCUACGGCAGCUUCAGUGACAUUGUGCAAAUAAAUUUAGAGAGACUUGCGAUGUAUCGAACUCACUGCCCGUCUAUGUCAAUCGUGUUUCAAUAGUAGAACUAGGUAAAGGUAACUGUGGAGGAAGGGGGUGAGCAUAGGAUGUGCAAUAGCAUGCAUAAGUUAGGUCUUUUUGUGGCUACUCUUUGCACAACGACUGCAUGUGUAUCAUAGUAUUUAGGUUCGGUCUCUGGUCAUGGCCCGACUGUGUUCAAAUUUGAGAACCGACAUUAAUUUGACACAAAGUCUGACUUCCCUUUCUUCAUUGCGCGUGAGCCAUACUCUGCUGAUAAUGGAGAAGAAUUUCGACUGGUACUUAUGCUAGCUUUUCUAAUGCGCCUUCAAACUAUUCGCGAUAUACUAACAGUCAGAACUUGAGGGACAGUCAACUGAAAAGGCAACUCAGCCCCCUUCCGGACUGAGGACCAGAAAGCAGUGACCCGUCAAUGCGGACUUCGUGAUAGCAGUCGUCGAUGAGAGAUGCGAUACAUUUUUUGGAGCUGGUUCCGGGUGCGUAUGGGGACCGACAAGUGUAAGUAUGGAUUCAACCGAGUCAGCCACUACACCUAAACCCAUUUGCUAUCUUGGUCUUGUCUUGUCGCCGGGACAUGGCCGGUAUGAGAGAUGAUAUUUAGGUAGAUACUGCGCAGUUUUCCUAUGCUAUUUUACGCACACAUGCUGAAGUCACGACUGCGCGCUUUCUGGGUCGGCUUUUUUUUAUCUUUGUCGGUGACGAGCUGAUUACCGGCCUUAGACUGCAGGUCGAAGGAAAAGUAUUCCGUUUUGCAGUCAGGAUUAGUAAGUGAGGGAAUUUUACCUGUCACUGCCAAUAAAAGCGAAGAGACGAGUCCCAGGGAGCAGUCUCGAAGAAGGAGACACGAUCUCUGGGACAAGAGCUUUAUUAGCCUGACAUUUCGAAUUCCUGCUCGAACCCAUCAUCAGAGACAACAGUAGAUACGGGUGGUCCAUGCACAAGGGGCUGCAGUAUUUAUAGGGUGCAGUCGCAAUGCUGCUGCAUACCUAUGAAUAUUCACGGUUCCCCCUCCCUUUAUCGCGUGUGUUGGAUGUUGGUGUGAGGAUUUCUCAACCAUCUGACAAACCGACCCUGGUGUUGGGAAAAGUGUUUACCUGUGCGCUCCCCGCAUGGCUAAUUGCUGCACCUAGGCGAAGUCUCAGCACUGAGUAUGGAAGGGGAAGGCAAUUGCACUCGUUAAUGGACUGGGGGCCAGUAAACCAUGAUUCAAAUAGCUCCCGGCUAAUGUGAUUGUCACAUAUAGCGAGAAUUUCUGCCUCGAACUUUGAUGCGUGGCCGGAUCUCGUCGACUGAGCUGGCCGUUGAGAGCUGGCGUCAUUUCUCCGCACCGCUGCAGCGUGUUCAGCCAUUCGCGUUUGGAGCUGUCUUCCGGUUUCUCCGACUUAGUUGCUUUGUCCGCAACUGCACCAGAUCCGAUAAACGACUCCAGACGUUUCUAGCCGUGGCAGUGGGUCUUUCAGUUUCAUUUCCUGACGCCUGAUGGUUGCCUCCGGUCUGUAUGCAGCUCCAACCCCAAUUGGUGCGAGAAGGCGGCCGAGAGAUUCCGAAACGUUCUUGGCAUACGGAAACGGUCGCCAAAAUUUGGGGUCCAUGCGGUUUGGCCAUUUGUCCCUUUUGCGUAUGCACCGGUUGACGAAGUUGCGCGGUCAGCCAUUGGCUUUUAAGACCCAUCGGAGGUAUUGUAGUUUGGCAAUCUUGUCUUCCGGCAGUACGUUUCAGCACUCCGUUAGAGCGUCCUUACACAACUGCGUUUGUGGUUGUCACUGUGGCCUGUCACUGCUGUUGUAUCGUGAUCCUGUGACAAAACUGGCAGGGUUUUUAUUUAAUAGACAAAAAGUUGGGUUGGAUCCCAGGGCCUUCCCGGCCUGCAACCGCAGUAUGGCCCGCAGGCGACGGUAAAUAAGUCAGAAAUGGCUGUUGCAGCGUCCACUGUCUUAAUGUUUCUCAUUGAUUGCUCGUGAUUGGGUUUCGAGACAGUACCAGACUUGCGCACUCCGUACCGUAAUCAGAAUAGCGUGCUUAACUCCUCUCGUGCGAUUUUUCAGAACAAUUGAUGUGUCAAUUUGCCACUGUGCAGCCCGUACGCCAUUUAUUCUGCCUCCUUUUAAGUCCCAUACGCAUUGGGAGUUUUUUGGAGUGCCCUCCGGGUUUUGGCGUCCAUCGAUUUUACCUGCGAGUGGGGCUUUCAAAGUCACUUUGGUACCUUCUCGCGUAGACAUCCCUCUUCCGGUUUUUUUUCUACCCCAGCCGUUCUGGAUGGGUAGCGUGCUACCUUACACUCACUGUCUUUUUCAGCAAAGAUGCAGAAACGUCCACGUCUGCCAGUCUGCUUUUUUCGCCGCCGCACACGGCUGAUCAGUCGCAGUCCUACUGGCCCUCGUUUUCUCUCAGACGCCGAUCGGGGUCGGGCGUUUUGUCUGAUGACGCAGAUAGUCAGUGGGAGUAUUCACGUCGACGUCAGACAAAUGGCCGCAUGGUCGAUGUCGACGCGAACGCUGUGUCUUCCACACUCAACCGACUUGUCAGCUCACUGGGCCGACAUGUGCCUAACUUAAUUUUGCUCGCUGGCUUCGCCCUCUUCGUUGUUCUGCUCUCUUGCUACUUCCUCUUGAAGGACAAACACGGCAAUGUUGGGCGGAUUGCUGGUAUGGCUUAGCAUACAAAUUUUUUGUUUCUAUUACAACCCUCCUGUAACAUUACGUUCCGCAUUUUAUUUUUCGACCCUUAUCCAUUUUUUUCGAUGUUUAGACAAGUUACCUAUAUCGUAGAAUGCUUUCUUCGACUUCGUCGCUGAUAGCCUGCUAUAGUUAUUCCACUGAAAUAAUUCCAGUCUUAUGUGUUGCUGCCGCUGUCGUUGUUGCUGCUGCCGCUACUACUACUACUACUGCUGCUGCUACUACUACUACUACUACUACUACUACUACUACUACUACUACUACUCCUACUACUACUACUACUACUACUACUACUACUACUACUACUACUACUACUACUACUACUACUACUACUACUACUACUACUACUACUACUACUACUACUACUACUACUACUACCACUACUACUACUACUACUACUACUACUACUACUACUACUACCACCAACACUACUACUACUACUACUAUUACUACUACUACUACUACUACUACUGCUACUACUACUACCACCACCACCACCACUACUACUAACAAUACUAAUAUUACUGCUGUUAUCACUCUACUCCGCACGUUUUUAAUCACACAGGAAUCCCUUUUUGGACGCGAUAAUGUGUACCGCAGUCCAUUGCUUUUAUCAUGCACACAAUCACCUGUUUGCGCUGACUUUUGUUCCGUUUUUGUCCAUCGUUCUGUACAUUCAGUAGUUUAGGUAUUGUCUUACCUCAUUUUUAGAAGUUUGUCAUUUUGUUUCGAGUAGCUGUCAAACAUGACGGUUGACAGGUAACCUUCUCACAUGCGUUAUGCUGGAAAACAUAGGACCGUUUAGAGUGACUAUUUUGAGCAUUUUACCGGUUGCAGGGGCAGUUUGUCGAUCCCCCUCCCCCCAGUCCGCGUAGUUUGAGUCAGAAUGAAAUCUUUUCAAAAUGGUUUCAAUCGCGUUUUUGUUCUAUUUUUUAGAUCUUCAAAAGCUAAGUUGUCCUCCCGGAGACGUUGAGUCUCAUAACCGUGGUGUAAGUUUGCUUGCUAGUUGCUUUCCAUACUUGACCGGCGAAAAUGCAUCUUUUAAGAGAAAAAGUGUAUUUUCCUUCGCUUUCCACCAGGAAUGCUUGAAUUCUCAGGAACUGUCAGUCUCCCUGAACUUGGCACACAUUCUGGUUGAAAUUCUCAGUCGAUAUGCAGGUAAGCAAAAUCUUUCUGCCAUGUAUAUCUACAGUUUUUUGCCUAUAGAACCUUAGUUUAACUGCAUUUUCAACACGGACCUAUAAGGCGACUAGGUGACUUAUUGACGCCACGUCGAUGUUCCCAUUUCGUUCUUGUGCAUGAAUUUUUUUUACAACGAUAAUGAAAGUCGAUCCAUCGUGCCAUAAUCUGGGGGAACGAAGGAGAGCUCUAACGCGAACCUUCGGUCGCGUAUUUUGUAUCUGCUCAAACGACGCUGCCAAAGACAUAUUGCUAGACUUGUCAAAGCGGCAAGACUGUCCUAGCUCUGGGCAUCCCAAAGCGUGUUUUUUACCCAUUCGAUGUCAAAUGACUAAAAGUCGGUGACCUUCUGGAGAAAAACCAGGUGUACGCAAAUCUGAACUGUUUGCUUGCAUCUCUUCGCCUGACUGAAAAUGCCUGAAAGUGCUUAUAGACUCUUUAAAAACGAUGGCCAUAAUCUCAUCGGAAUUCAUUUUGAGCCCUUUAGAUCAGUACGCAAAAUGUCGUUCCUUAAUUGCCGACCUGCCAAAUUAGUAUGUUCUGCGUGCCAAAUUAAAAUUCUCAUGGUUCGUGUUGUUGGUUUCUGGCUUGCCUGCUCCACCUUGCCGAAAAUUGUCGAAUUGGCAUUCAGUUUAGCAAAUCGGCCACGUGCCGAGGCGGUGUUACUGAAAGUGUAUAAACACGAAGAUGGGACCUCUGGCGUCGAUUUAUGACUAGCUCGACCGCUGGGAGCUUCAUUUUCCUUUUGUUGGCAGAGCAUGGAUGCACGGUGAAAUCAUCCAGGCAUUACACGACCUUCCAGCUUAAUUACCGGGGUUCAACUCAAUUUCCGCUCGAUCUCUAUGGUUUCGGCCGUGUAAGAUACAGUAGGGGGUUGCUCUUUUACGAGUAAAUGAAACUCCUAAAAGGUAGUAAAGUUCAAUAGCCAGAUCCCUCCCCACACAGGAUCUCGCUGCUCAGCUCUAAUCACUUCGAAGAUCCCCGCGAAGAACCCUUUUUUGCUUGUAGAUUUCACUCUUCAUCUUUGUACAGUGCAUUUCAAAUAUUGUAUUUGAGUAGUCUUGGUUAUUUUUUUCAUACAACCAUACGGUCAACUUCUAAAUGCCUAUUAUUACGCGUUUGACGCAUCUGCCGAACUCUAGGAUCAAUAACGUUGCCCGCAUUCCUUUGUACACUUUGAAUUCUAUGCCCUAGCAACUGUCGUGUUAUUGGCCGCUAAUAAUAGUGCUUCUGCUGUUAAAUAUGAUUGGCCUUCAUACGGCAGACCGAAAUAGCCCUUCUGUUCCCUCCGCUUAUUUAGUCGCGCCUCGUUUUCAUAGCCCAUUUUUACGUCUCCAGACUUCUGAUUAUCCGUGAACAUUCUUCGUCCUCAAUUUCUACAAGCGAACUAUUCGCCGGCUUAUUUUAGUCGAUCAGUAGAUGAGAUCAAUGCCCUCUACAACGUACCACGCUGAAGAUGCUUGGAACCAAUACGGGGACAGGAUGGAGCACGACACGUGUUAACCAGGCUGCACAGAGUCCGCGCAUCUUUCCACCACUGUCGCACAUGGGCGCAGAGGGGGGUAAGGAUGUGGUGGCACGUCUAGGUGCAGGCCGCAGGCCCCACCGGUCAUUUGCACCCAUCCCCAGCAUUAGGUGACUGGCCGACCCAGACAGCGAGCCCAUUCAUAAGAGGAGGAAGAAUGAGGUCGACUCUGGAGACUCCAUCCCCACUGUGUUUCAGCGCCUUCCUCACCAUAAACAAUCUGACAUGCUUGUAUCUAUCACGACGCGCUAAAAGUCGUGGCUUGGAAGGCUGCCAAUUGACAGGAUAACUCGGUCCUUUCAGGACGGAGGGCCGGACUGCAGUAGCUCUUUAAUGUAACUUCUAGGGUCUCCUACGCUGGUGAGAUCCCAGCGAUCCCCUUGUUUCUGUGAAUGAGAUCGUGUGUGACGCGUAGGUGGGCCUUUUAGCCUGUCAGCUACUGAGUCGGAGCCCCUCCCUCCUAACUCUAUUGCCACCGAAUCCAGAUAGGUAAGGGAGCAGAGAGUGCUACAAGUGUUGCGCAGGUAACCGUUUUGCACUUGCCAUGGCGUAAGGCACAAGGUGGACCUCGUCGAUCGCGACAUUCGGACUGGCAGGUGUCAUGGUAUGAAGUAUGCGUCGAUUUACGCAAAACUACAAAGUAAUCUGAAUCUGACCCAAAUCAGUAACGAGCUACUUUCAGCUAAAUGAAACAGACAGAUGUGUUGAAAGUGUUACCACGUUUUGUCAGAAGAAACAAUUUACUUACGAAAACGGAAAUACCUGGCACAUUUUUGUGUCGAAUGAAUGUAAUUAUUCAAAGCCCACGAUCCAUGUCCAUUCAAGCACCAGCCUAGCAAACAGCGUUCGGAAAAGAGCUUUUGCCAAUCCUUAGGGUAAAUAUAUCCCAAAAACUACUGUAGUAUUGCAGUAUAUUAGCUGAUUGAUGUUUACUGGCGUCUUAAAAUGAUGCUAUGAUCAUUUGGUGUAAGUUUUUGUUUUUGCGUUUUUGGUGCUGUGAUUAAUGACAACGAGGAUGAUUUUGUGGCCAGCAUGAUUUGCGUGGCCAGCAUGAAAGUUUUCACUUGGCCGUAUGUCGAGAAUAGGAUUAGCUGAUGCAAUCAUGAGCGUACCAAUUUCUCUAUGUGAAGAUAACUCUCCUUCUGCAAAAUUGCCGUAUGCUUUCUGGCGACAGCGGAGUCCGCCGAGUGUUCUGGCGACCAUGAAGUGUCAGCGAAUACUCUCCAGUAUUUUUAAUCGAUUGCCCAAAAUGAUAGGUUAUACAGUAAAAAAAGACAGUUCUUGGGAACUUGUUUGGGUGGCGGUCUUCUUGUAUAGAUGACGGUUUGGACCAUUUCAAAGUUAAAACCUAAUCGUUGGAGCAAAUGAAUGUCCACAACGAGGAGCCUCGAUGAUUGCGCUCUUAAUUAAAAGGAAAAUCCAACAAGUUAUUCCCCUAAUAUCCAUUUACUGUCCUCUGACUAUUUGACUGUUUCAUCAGCCCCUUUAUUCACUAAACAGUUAUUUUUCUUUUCCCCUGAACAGGCGAACACCAGUGCGGGCACUCAGCCGCCAGUCCGCGAAUGGAUGUAACUACUGCGAGACGGCUUGUCGAGUACCACUUAUCCGCGCCCGGAUCGAGCUCUUCCCUCAGGCCCAGUGACCUUGACGGACGUGUCUGGCGAAAUGUCCUCUUCUUAAUUCGUCAUGUCGGUCGCAAACACCUCGACAUCGCGUCCUAUUCUGCGGACGGUAGCGAUUCCGGGUAAGCCUGAGGUUUACUUUUGAGCUGUCACCAAAGGCCUAUUGGGGACAUAAACUUAGCUCCUAGACUGUCGAGUCAUCUGCCACCCUUGUGCAUAUUCUUAAGAUUAGGUCCCCAAAUAGAUUAAAGCGUAUCGCCAUGCAAUUUUAAGUGUUUUGAUUUACCUGUCUGAGACUGAGCACAAUAAGAACCCUCCAGUAGGAUUGCACCAGUCGGUUUCUUCAGCUAGGGCAGAUUAAUACAGAUCGCAGAGUAUUGCUGCACCGUUCCGCUGUUCAGUAAUUUCAUUUAAUCACUGACUACCCUGAAUUCACCUGUUUCUUUUGCUGCACCCUCAUAUCGCAUAGGAUUGACAUUGUCUGGGCCUUAUUCCAUUUGAUCUCUUCGGGACGGUUGUCUGUUAGAUCCCUCAUAUCUAUUUAUCUGUCUGAUAAGCCUAAAAUGUCCGUAGGGAGAAUUACACGUGCCUUCGUUAAACCGUAGCACCAGUUUAACCGAAACGAUGCACAUCAUUUCCCACCUCUUUAAAUAGGUCCAAUUGAACAGAGGCUAGUUCUGGUAAAAUAAUUAGGGAUUUUCGACUAAAUUUACUGCUCGGGUGGGAGUAGAAUCGGGUACGCUGGACUGCGGGCUUUUUAAACCCUUUUGAAUUCAGCUCUCUGAUAAUUUUAGUGCCCACAAGGAAAUCAUCGAGCUGGAAAGUCUUCAGCCUUACAUUCCCGGAAAGUGCCGCCUCCGUCUGCUCUUCUUUUCCCUCCUUCACCUCUUGGCAACUCUCCUUUGGAUCCUGUUUGUUUUUGCCGUCGCUGGAUUAUGCGUUUUUGCUGUCUACCGAUUUCGUCUGUCAAACAAGCGCCAACGUGAUAGGCGUGCCUCCCGCAUCCGCGAACUGGUUCACCAAGUAACAGGUGUGUCCAUUUGUCAGUUGCCUGCCUCAGGUGAUGGAAACUGAGUCCUUGCUUUUUGUUUUUGUGACAUUUAUCUGCAGUCUGAAACAGUCCUGAUACCUUCUUCGUGCGUAUGUGUCAUGCUGGUUUUGAACCGAUUGCUGGAUUACGCAGUUUACCGAGCAAGUUAACGUGGCACUUAGUAUGAGUAAAUGUUCCCUCGCCUCGUGAGGGAAGAAGUUAGGGUUUCCAAACUAAUCCACUCCUCCCCUUCACUGCCUCACCAAGGAUAGCUGAUUAUGAAGUCGAACCACCAUCCAUUCACUUUUUCCCUGGCUGGAAAAAGCGGUCGCGCUAUAGAGGCGCUAAACCAAGUCAGGGGUAAAAUGGCACACGGCAAGCGUCUACCGUCCCAUAACAAAUGACACACAUGGGAGAUAUGGCGGCACGCCUAGGCGCAGGCCUUAUGUCGCGCCAGCCACUUACACCCAAUCCAAACAUGAGAUAGCUGGCAGGCUCGAACAGCGGACUAAUACAUGACGGAGAAAAGGGAGAUUGAAGUAAACUGGUGCAAGAGGGGCUGGUUGCAAGUCUAGAGUUCCAAAUAACGCCAUAUAUUUAUUUGCAGUAGCUCACCCCCCUGGUGAACAACUCCCGGUGAGGAUAGAGUAUGUAACCCUCUGGGUGGUUGUCUGAAGGCUACCAUAUCAUCCUCUUUAGGCGGGUGUGCUUCAUAACCGUUUGCCCAGCAAUAGGUACCUCUCAACUAACGUGUAUCAUGUUAUUUUUGUAACCAGAUUUAUACAUUUGUUGUCAUCCAGGCUGUUGAGAGGCUGAAUCAUUUUAACUGGUUGACACCCCGAACCACUAUUCUCAGGGCAGUUAUCACGCCCAACUUAUAAUAAUGUCAGUCUUGGCUUUGCGUCAAACUCCACUCUCGGUCACUCACCUUCCAUCUCUCUUUUAAGCGGCAACAUAAAUAGUGACCUCUAUGCCUGUGGCCUUGUGGAGGACUCUGAUUAUGCUGCUAAAGUCAAUUUAUUCCACAACAUUUAUAAUCACAAAAUUACCAUUUUCGACUUCUCAUAAUUGAUUUAGCGGAGCGCUCAUGGGGUUCCUAAAUGCAUUUAGACAUCCUGCAGCAGCAACUGAAGAAUCGUGAAGUCAACUCCCUGGAGCCGCCAUACGUUCCUGUGUCUGUCAUUCGCUCCACUCUACGUCGUUCAAAUUCAGAGUAAGUUCUAGAUUCUCUGCGUCAUUUGUCACUUUUGUUUCCUCUUUCGGAUAUUGAUUUACGUUUCAGAUAGUAACGCAAAUUUUUCUUAUGUUUGCUUAAAAUGCUCGAACAGUACUUUUACGAUCCCUUCAAGGCCUACCGGAGCAGCUCUUAUGUACGCAUGCAUGUACGGAUGCAUGCGGUCAUUCAUUUAUUCGCAUUUCGCCGUUUUGUUCCCAACCCCUUAUAUUAGUCGUAUGAUAGGUUGGAGUCAGUGCGUGCGUUAGUGGCCAAAUGUUCAUGCUUGCCGGAAUUUUAUGUGAGAAAGUUUUCAGCCUAAAUUUUCAAGUCUGGCUACCAGAAGCGGACAACCUGUUCGUUGUGCUACCGGAUGCCGAUUGAGUCGAAAACCGUGAUAAUUCUUGGUUGGGAAAACGGGCGGGAGGUCGCAUCUGUGACAUAGUAAUGUGCCGAUUGGCUGAUGUUAAUGGGAGAUCCAACUUUCCGGCCGUUUUGUUACCGACUUGCGCGCUUACGCCUUUUUCCCCUGAGGCUCGGAUCUGUGCCGGCCUCUAGGGCAUAAACAGCGUCACAUGACAGCUGCUGAUGAUCCCUCCAUUUCGUCACUGUUUAUCCUCACGUAGCCGUGAGUUUGGUUUACGUACUGUCUAUUACGUGUAGUUUCAGAUGCAAUUGCAGUAGAUUUGCUAACUCAUGAAAUGUCAACCAAAAUUUCGAAAUGCGUUCUCGUUUCGAAAAGAUAAAUUAAGUAGUGUUGUAAAACUAAUCAUGAUGCAGCAUAAAUCUAUUAUGAUCCAGUUACCUCAGGCUGUCGGCUUUCGAAAGAUCUUAUUUUCGGCUGCAUGCAAGAUCUAUACUCUGCAAGAUAUGAAUACUUACGUAGCAUGCAAUUUUCUCAUUGAUCUUCGAUGCCCUUGAAAAUUCAAUUAUAUUUCAUGGAAAACGUGCAUAAAAAUAUUCAUUCUUUUACUUAUUCGGUAGAAAAUCACGUCUUCUUCCCAGUUAAUACUCAAAUGAAGAGUAUAAUUCGGUUUUAAAAAACUUUUUGAUUCCCGAAUAAUUUUGAACCCGACCUGCUGUUACACUUGCAUUCAGGGUUUCAAAACUACAAGCUGCAUAUUUUCCGUGUACGGAAAACCAUGCAUUUCUCCACGGUGUUAAGAGGAGACCAUAUGAGGUUCACAAAAUUAAGCACUGGAUUUGAGCAAUAUUGUUAACUUUACAAGCCACAUUCGUAAAUGCAGAUACAUGACGUUUCAUGAACGGCCAUUUAACGGUUUUAAAAAAUCUCACAAUUAGAAACUUUUUUAAAACCGAAUUAUACUCUUCUUUUGAGUAUGAAAUUGGAAGAAGACGUGAUUUUCUACCGAAUCAGUAAAAGAAUGAAUAUUUUUAUGCAUGUUUUCCAUGAAAUAUAAUUGAAUUUUCAAGGGCAUCGAAAAUCAAUAAGAAAAUUGCAUGCUACGUAAGUAGUCAUUUUUUUCAGAGUAUAGAUCUUGCAUGCAGCCGAAAAUAAGUUCCUUCGAAAGCCGACACCCUGAGGUAACUGGAUCAUCAUAGAUUUAUGCUGCAUCAUGAUUAGUUUUACAACACUAUUUAAUUUAUCUUUUCGAAACGAGAACGCAUUUCGAAAUUUUGGUUGACACUUCAUGAGUUAGCACAUCUACUGUAUGUCAUGUAAUGUGCUGAGUGAUACUGGGUUGUUCGCUAGCACUGGACUAGUCCAGGAGCCGCAUGAUUUGAGUGUUCGAAGCAGCCUGUUACUGUUAGGUUGUGUCGACACUCCUUUUAAGCGACAAUGUGAUUCUUUGCUUCGUAGGUCAUUUGUGGUAUACGGUGAGCCGUCGUAGUCUAGAAAAAUUGCUUACAUCGUCUGGAAAGCACUGACUCACUGGUUUAUGAAGACUUGAUGCUAGCCGCCCUUCUCUAAUUUGUCGCUUAGCUACUCCCGGCCGACCGCUUAUCCUUUCCCCCAAUCAGGCUAGGAUCCCAUAAUCGGAUGUCUUUUUCCACUUUUGGGCUCGAAUGCCUGCACUUGACUGAUAGCGAGGUUUUAUAAGUAACGCUGCUAUUGCAUUCCAUUCUAUCCGUUAGUAGACUCCCACAUAAGUCUCAAAACCCAGUUAGCCAAGACGAUGGCCCUGAAAAUGGACUCACCUGCUGAUUCAGCAGUUACCCGGGGGUCAGCUAUCUGCUUUUUGUUUGUUAAGUUUACCAUAAGCUCACCGGGUGCACACUCAGAGGCAAGAAUUUGUCUAAAGUCAGGAACUGUAGGCCCAAGGAGUUUUUCCUACGCGUACUACAGUUAUUUUUGAAUGCAUCUUGGUAAAACCAGCAAAAUAAUCUGAAUGAAUGUACUUUCAGCGUUUGCUGUAGAGCCAAAAGUUAAUUUGUAAAAAAUGUGCUAUUUUACUCGAUUACAGGAUAGGGGUUUCGCGACAUUUCGUCGCGCUCAUGCCGCGCAAGUUCCGGGUCAUGCAGUAGAGGUGAAAGGGGAAUCACUGACCGAUCUGAAACCAGUUCGAACGCAUCCAACAAAACAACAAACUAAUAUUGAAUGACCUCCAAUCAAAUGAAAAUGCGAAAUAAGUACUACAAGUACUAUUUCGUUGGUGAGGGAGACCAAUUUUUUCAGAAAAGUGCGCAUUUGAAUAAGGCAAACGCGACAAAGCGUGCAGUCUUUAUUGACGCCACAAAGUUCGAGACCUCUCAUUCAACUGCGUACGGUCAUUGCAAAGUGCAGAUGUUCGAAACUCAAAAAUUCGUGUUAUAUGAGUAGACCCAAAUUUUAGAAGUACUUAAUGCUUGUUUAUGCAGAAAGUAAGAUGACGUGGUCAUGUUUAAAAAAAAAAAACAUUUUGAUUAUGUGUCUCCCAAGAAUUAGUGUUAAAUGAACUCUGGCACAAAGUCGAGCGCGUAACCUCCGGCCAUAUGUUUCAAGAUUUUGUAGCGCAAAAUCGAUGUACUUUUCCAUUUUUGUUCCGUUCAAUGUGCGGUUUAUAAAGGCUUAAUUUGGCCCCUAGAAAUGCCACAGAGAUAACAGUUUUUAUAAGUUCACAUACUGACAGACCGGAUAGCAACAGAUACAGUUGUAAACGCACCAUUUUGUGUACAUUAAAAGAGCCUUUCUUUUGUCAAGUUGCGGUUCUUUUAAAUAGUGGAAUGCUUUGGAACUCAGAUUGUCCUCUAAGUAUCGGUGGACACUUCACGAUUUUCAGUUUUUUCAAUUGGUUGCUCAGAAAGAUAGAUUUUGUGCUAUGUAUUUAUCAAAACCUUAAAAAUAAGAUGCUUCUUUGAAAGCAUUUUUCCAAGUAAUGUGGGGAUGCCCCUUUUCGUAGAGACGGCUAUCUGGGUCACAUUUGAAGACUCACCCAAACAUGGGGCCCACUGUCGAGAAAAAUGAACUCCCUCAAUAAAAUUAAGUGACUAAAACACUUUCGGUUGAUUUAAAAAAAUUCUCUAAUAAGCUAACUAUUAAAAAAGUGCCUUUAUGCUGUAUUUUGUCGACGGAUGUCCACGUACUUAGCCUUUUUACACGAUAAAGUUAUGAAGAGAGUUUGCGUUUUUGCGCGUUUUUUGCCACUGGUAAAUUUUUCUGCCGAAAACUGAAGAACUGACUGUUUUCAUUAUAUUGCAGCCACUUUCGAUAUCUUUACUAACUUUUAGGCUCCGUUUUCCGACUAGACCGCAAAGAAAGUACCAUUUCAUGUGUUCAAAAUUUAAAAUGACCAUUCGAUUACGAUCAUUUUGACAAUCACUUAUAACGUAGUCGCAAUUGGCAUGACAAUGCCAGCAAAUGUAAACAAACAAUUGCCUGUAGGUGUUAGUACUGGGCUUUAGGACGCACAAUCACACCGAUUUGCAGAUCUGCCUUAAAAAUCCAUAAAAUUCUGGUUUUUCAAUAAUAGCCUCUGUUCACGACCAGUUUGUCACAAUUUUCCUCAAAAGAAACCAUUUUUCAAUUGCGACAAGUCUUUUUUCGUAAAACUCGAAAGUAAACUACUAUCCUCUAAAAAAAGCCGCAUGUGAGAACUAAGUCUGGGAUAGUUAUUAACGUAUGAAAUUGUCCGAAUGUAGGGUAACCUAGGUUUCUUCUCAGAUUAUUUUUUUGCCUAAUAAAGUUGGUCAAACACCCGAGAAAGGACAUUUUUUCGGAAGAGGCUGGGCGAAUGAGCUAAAUGCGCAAGGUGUUAGGUGCCAAAAGAUUAUCAUAUCAGUUCUCGUCAUCGCGCUCCAUGAGUUAGGCCACUUACUGUUUAUCUUAUGAUCAAUGCCAUUCUCCUUUUCGUAUCUGCCUGGAAAUUGAUUUUCGGGCUGAUUUCUUACUCGCAGGCCGGCUACAGAUGUCACGCUGAUUGCCAGCGCAUCACGGUCUUCAAGCUUGCUGCUUUUUCUCUUUCAGUGUGGACGACCUGUGGUCUGAGUUAGAGCAGCACGUGCACCUAGUGGAGGGCUGCAUUCUGGUGCAGGAGUGGCGUGGCGUCGGUGAGACCUGGCAGUGGCAGGGCGGCAGCGGCUGGCAGGGAUCUGGUAAGCUGAGCAGUCUUUCCUCUCGAAGCCUGUCGGAGUGUUCCACGGUCAGGGGCGCACAACGCCCCCCCUCAACUCCUAACUACCAGUCCUACGGUGAAAUCACCCCACCUCACCCUGUCCCGGCAUAUGCUCUUUCCUCUCCUCAAUUGCCCUCCAGCGGGAACUUGGGUACUUCUCUAUUUUCAUCCAACGCAUCCGCGGUCCCCUCGCCCCCUGCCGACUCUCCCAGCUGGUAUUGGCGAUGGGGAUACAGUCUCAACUACAACCCCAAACUCUAAGCCAGUGUUGCACUGAGCACCAAAAGAGAAAGCAAAAGGUUACCUGGGAAGGAAGAGCGAGUGUCAGUGAGAGGUGGACAUCAAAGCUAACGACCUGUAUCAUAAAGUGACUCGGCUGACAUCACUGUCUGUGUCCAAAUCAUCGUAGGAUCUCGUUUUACCUUGUACUAUAAGGACAAAGUCCUUGCGGUGGUCUGUUCACCAUGCACUUUCCCUGACUCCUCCCUCCUCCCCAUUACGAAAACGUUUUUUUAUGAGCAACCGUUGCCACGCCUUGGUAGACGCUAUUUUUUUGCUUCUGACAGCAGUCACUCACGGCUCAGCUAUUUUGGCAAUUUUGCGGUGUAGAAAUCGUCCACGAACAACUGCGCCCAGAAGCAUUUUCUUUCACCAUUGUUUUUGUUUCAUCGUCAUUCCACUCACGCCACGCCUAGAUCGAGCAAUAAACUUGCAUAUCCCAAAAAUGGUUAUUUUUACUCAACGGCUCAUAGAUGAGCAAAGGCCGCGGCCACUGCAAUGUUUGCUUACACGCCCUGGUGACUUUUAGAGCCCGCAAAACCGUCAAAUCCUCCUUCUGCUUCGGUAGUCAUGCCGGCUGAGCCUAGAACUAGACGCAUAUCGGCUGGGUCGCAUAACUCAUAUUUAAUCCCCUGACCCGUUGUCUCCCGUUUUUAUAUGUUCUUAUACGCACGAAUUGCGCCAUUACAGGCCUGCUAUGCCUGCUUUUCUUGGGGGUUUUAGGUCAACGCAUUCACCUAGUAAUACCUCGGUUGCAUCAGCCGGCCACCAAUGCACGCCUGAAGCCUGAAUUAUUGAACUUUCUUCAGAGGAUCGCAGAUCAGUUAUCGCUGCUCUAGUGAUUAAAACACUAAGGACCCCGGGGACUUUUUUAAGAGUUCGCACUUCAACACCAUGUGCAAGCAUUCGUUUUUGCGUAAGCGCUGUGGGGCAACUGUGCACAUUGCCUGGGUGCUAGUGUCUAAAUAAAAGUUGCCGACAUUCUGACAUUAUUUAGCCACCACUGUUCGAGUCGGGACCGCUCAGGGGGACUCCUGCGCCACCAGCGUGGUUUUUCUUAGUUGUACUUCCAGUCGUGACUUCCAGGCUUCCUGGUCUUUGUUCGCAUUAUUGCCUGUUGAUUUGAAAACGCUCCCGAGUUCUUCCUUAAUCAUCGCUGGUAGCUUGCUGUUUCCGCAUUUUCUGAAACAAUUGGGCACGUACCGGUCGUGCAUAAUUCUCGAUCAUCCUACAAUCGAAUUCUUAACUGAUGUUGUCAAAUAACGGAGGAGUAAAUCACCUGGGGUGUCUAGACAUCUUGCGUUCUGUUUUUUACAGCGUGCGGUUGCUCUGCGACGCAUCCAACUGGUCUGGGGUGUACGCCACCCUACGCCAAUUUUUCGUGUACUCGCGCGCUCUAGUGUAUAUGCAUAUUUAAGUGCACGUAAUCUGAUUCGCUGGGUAUAACGAACUCGAAUGUCUGUGAUACGCACGAGGGCGGUGAGCGGCGAAUGUCUAGCCAACCACUGCUCUUGUUACUGCAUAUCCAAUCAUAUUACCUGCAUCAUACCGUUAAAACGGAAUGAGAAAGGAAUUGGCAGUGGGGUCGGCGCUGCACGAGCUCCCCUUACGAUAAUCCAAUCCAUGCGUUGGUCAUAAGUGCUUCACCGUGGCCAUAUGACGGACGAAACGCUUCCCUCAAUAUGUCAGUAUCUAAUUUAGGCCUCGACGGCGGCUUAGUUACCUGGUUACCGUCCCCUCCUGUCAGUCCACUACUUAUGACCAAAAAAACUCAAGGCGACCGUAUUGUCGCCCACUCCUUUUUAAGCGGAGGCAUGUCCGUUUAGGAAACUAGGCCUUAAUUUGUGCCCAUAUUCGAUGUUAAUGUGCGCAAAACGGUUUAAACCCUUAAACCGUUCCCUUGUCCUUCUCAUUUAGUAUUGCCUUGCGAUACCGUGCAAAUUUGAACUGACCUCUGGCAAUUGGGCGGCAUGUGUAAUACAUUAAUAUAAAAACUACUUAUUGCGUGUUAGUCUGGCUGUUUUUUUUUCAGUCAUUAUUGGCUGUGCAUACGCUCGUAUCUGGGACAGCUCGUCUUUUAACCACUCACAAUGCCGUUUUUCUGCCAUUCUUUUGGCCUGGAACUUUCGUUUUUCACUGGUCACCUUAUUUAACGACAGCUUAACAAAUGUCUACGCGACGUCCUCUGUUCGAGACUGCUAGUACAUUCCCGAGUGCGUGCCUAUACUGCUCCAGCGGAGCUAAAAAUAACAGUCGUGUCACCUUUGUUUGAGUCACCUUCUAUUGUCCUGGGUAUUAAAGCUACCAAAAAGCUCCGAUGCAGAAUUCCGUUGGUCAAUCCCUCUGCCGGCCACGGAGUUUGUUUAUUAAAACCCGACUCUUCCUUUUGCUCCAUGAUCUUGUUAUUUAGUGAGUCUGUCCAACCUCUGUUUUCCGCCCGGCCUUAAGCCAUAAAUUAGACUUGUGGACGGAAAAAUCGAUGGCAUAUUCUGAAGACUUCCAGUUUUAUUGGUUUUGAAUGCAAACUACAAGUUUGUCUGCGUUUGUUUGCUUUAUUUGCAACCAAAGCAGCUCCUAAGCAAAAACUUAGACUUUUGUCGGCCGAUUGUAGCGGCUUGACCGAACAGCUGAAGGAAGCAAUUUAGUCUGCAAUGUCAAGUAAACGCCCUUUCGUCCUUCCCUCUUCUGUCGUGUCCAUGAAAAGGUUUUUUACUGCCUGACCUGUGUGAUCACGCUCAAAUGUUGUUGAAGAUUCCUUACUUAUGCUCCCUUUUUCUCAUCCUCACAGCCCUCCUGGAUCAAACGCAAAGGUUACCUUUCACCGUGCCACCGACGGAAUGUCUGAAGAUUCGAAACAUGUUCACAAUGGAGUGAGUCUUCUAUCACUUUUCUCUGAUCUGCGAGGGUAGUGUGCGACUACCCGGUGGUAUCGUUUCUUUCGUGUUAUUCAGUCCAUCUAGACUUUGUUUAUCAGCGGUGAAUCGGUUAGGUGUGUUUGUGAUUCUCACAAUUUGUGUCAUAAACAACCGGUUUUCACGAGGUUGGCGACUUGAGGCAGCGUUAGCACCCAUAGAAAAUGUAUAGCCUAUCGAGGAAUGUUGGCAAGAAGGCAGCCGACUCUACUUGAACCAUAGGCGGGAGAACAUUACCAACAAAGACAAGGGAGACUGGAAUGGCCAUUUCAGGCUUGUUAGCCGUCAUUAGCAAGUCAUACACAACCCCGGAACGUGCAACCUCCUAGGCUCGAACUCGCGACCUGUUGGUGUAGCUGGCUUACGACAGUUAAAAAACCAGGAAUGACCAUUCUUGUCUUUGUCGGUAACGUAUUACGCGCCGAUUUGCGGCUGCUGGCGGAGCUCGAGCGAGCUCCAAGGCACAACGAGACGGGCGAGUUCCAUAUCGUGUUCGGUGUGCCCCCUCCUUCACCAUUGCUAAGACUUGACCUAUUGGUUGGUUGGCAGAACGUUUUCGGUUAGAGUUCUGUGGCCAGAUUUUCCCCGUCCUACGCUCAAGGUAUACUUGGCUAGCAAAAGCGAAUAAGCCAGAAAUAGCCAUCUCAAUCAUCUCUGUUUUUAUCGCUAUUUCUUCUCGAUUACUGUUGGAUCCUCUACGCGGCUGCAUACAUAGACUGUAAAUUUGAGUUCCAGGUCAAGGUAGGUCGGCGAACGCUACUCUUAUUUGGCUUUAUGUAAUUGUCCGCCGUAAUCCUGUGUUAUGUAGCAGUCGAAGGGAAUAUAUCAUGAAAUUGGAACAGGCAUGUGUCAGUUCGACCGUCGCGCCCGACGAUGUCCACCAUGUGCUCCACAGAAAUGUGAGAACAGACACGGCGACUUGCGCAGCAUCCACGGCACCCCCUCCUCUCUCCACCUGGGCCCGGUGUCAAGACACAGUCAAGAAGGCCGGAUGCGGGAGGGCGCGCAGGCGGCUGGCAAGGUCGGACCUGCACGUAGGCGUACCACUACACAUCCUGGUUCACAACCAGCACUCUACUAGGAUUUUAACCAACAGUAACACAACAGCGGGUUAGAAAGAGGAGGCUGACUGGGCAGCCACGCAUACGACCUGUGUAUCCGCCGUGAGCGCAAGCGCAUCUACCGGCAGGGAACUAGGUGCUAACGAACUGUCAGUGAACAGCAGGCCGCGAGGACCAUCGUUUGCUGAAUCAUGUUAUAGCAAACGCAAACAGACCUCAAGACCGGCACUGACGUGUACAAAUCCUUCGUCGAUCUAGCAAAGUCCUGUACUGUGGGAAAUAGCGAUGAAAGUCGAUUGUCCAAAAAUGUUCGUACAAGUUGGCAGGCAGUUGCGUCACGGACAAGAGGUGAACCUCGAGAGCUUUCGGUAAAUAAUUGGGUGGAGCGGCGUUACUUGCUCGCUCUACCUUUUGCAUAAGCGAACAACACUCACCGUAUUUGCCCGCAAUAUGUUUGGCCUCGUCAGGUAGUCGCAUAGCAACCACACGUGUACCAGAAUAUCAUGUCCGGGCACUAAACUCCAAGUACUGCACUUAAUAAUUUUUGAGAUUAUUACCUAUACCUACAGAUUUGUUAGACGAGCUGGCUUUCUUGCUUACCUUCUGUGUCUAACUGCAUAUGUCACUAUAUCACUUUGGGAAUCGAAGCUCUCCAAGUAAAUGAAAGCCCCGAAGACCGACAUAAUUCCACGGAUGCUGUUCACAGAAGGCCAAAGUAUUUUAAUGCACCAAUCUUAUCACGGCGACUUGUGUCCACUUGAGCAGAUUUCGAGUUGCGCCCUAGCAAUCAUCCUGGUCACUGGGAAAAGGAACUAAACGUCUAUAGAUGAUUUACAUAUUAUACCUUGAGCCAAAUGAUGGCUGCCGAAUCCAUCCUCGGUACUCCUAACGGCAUUAGCACACAAGGGAGUUGUAAAACAAGCUAACUUUAAAAGUACGACUCUUGAUUUUGACAAACGACACUUCCCCGCUAACCAUCACUUUUGAUAAUACUCACUUUUAUAUGACUUUUUGACCGUCUUUUUCAACUAUUUUCUCUGUUUGCCCCACAUGGUGGGCUUAGGUAUGUUGACUUGCGCGUAAUUAAGUUUCUAAUGUGAUAGUAGACUUGCCCAGCACCUACCGCACUCCCCUCCCCCAUCCCUCUAAAGCCAAUGUUAAGAUCACUGGAGGCGGGAUCGGGCACAGUCGGCUUGCGCGGCGUGAGUCUGCGCCCAGGCAUGCCGCGUGCCCCCUCCGUUUAUGGCAUUUGUUAUUUGUACGCAUCCCCAUCAACGCCUACCAUGUCCUGAUCUUGCCCUCCUGUUCUGUUGGGAGUGCCUACACUCCCAAGAACAAGGCCGACCAAUCAUUGGAGACCACUUGCGUUUGCUCUCUGUACAGCGCUGUCAUCUUAAUCGUGGCGCCUCUCCUCUGGCUACUCCCCCCUUCCCGAAGGGCAUUGGGCCGAACGCCGGCUUACCAGAAGUCUUUGAUUUCAGAUAAUGGCUCUCAGUUUACUGAGUCGACGUUUGAGAAUUCUGCCGUCAGAACAACACAAUGCAUCUUCGCUCCCCGCCCUACCAUCGUCAGUCCAACGGUCAGACGGGGCGUUUUGUCGACACGUUUAAGAGAGCUCUCUUGAAAGCUCGUGGAAGGGGAUCACAGACGAGAUAGUCCAGGCCUUCCUGUUUUCCUACGUGACAACACCGAUCCCGGCGUCCCCCGAUGGCGUUUCUCCUGCCGAAGCUUUGAUGGGCCGUAAACUGCGUACAACGUUUCAUGCACUUGUUUCUACCGGUGUUUAGCCCACGCAGACUUCUCCAUUCUCUCGAAACAAGCUUUUCGUCGGAACACCUGUCUACGUUCGUGAUUAUCGAACUGGGUUCCCAGUCAGGGUCCGACUUCCACUUCAGCCAUGCGAAGCCACUGCUGCGCUUGCCCUCUCGCAGGGGGCGAACCAUGGGCCAUUACUCGUUGGCCGACCUGCCAUCACACGAUUGAAAGGACACCUUAUUAACAUCUGUAUAGUUUUCUUCAGUUUGUCAACGUUAGAUGCCGAGCAGCACAUUAAAGAGGCCUUAUACUCUCGACUCUCUUGCAGUAGGGCUGGAGCAGCCUUAUCGGCCUCUUUGGAUUUGGUUCACAAUGCUACUAUUGCGGAGGAGUAUUAAGUUUUACUGAGCAGAGCUGGCUGGUUGCUUUUAACACAUUCAUCCUCGCCGCAAAUAUAUGCUGACCUUAUGGCGGAUUACUGCGUGGUGCCGAAACUGACAACGCUUGUGGGUCAGAGCAUGUUCUUCGCGGACGCUUGGGGAUUAAUCUCAUCUGCGCCAACAAUGUCUCACGCAAGAAGCCUUGUUGCGAUUUGCGACGGCGUAGCACGGACGAGGCCGCGGACGAAAAUCGGGUUUCUUUUUGCAACCGAUAUCGAAGGAACCACCAGCAAAUAAUCAUCGUUCUAAUCUUCAAUUCACGAGGUAGCUGAGAGAAUUAUACUCGCCCAGCCGCAGUGCCUGAAUCGGCUCAAAAGCCUUUGUAAUUAUCUGCGUGGCAAACUCGAGUUCAGUUCCGGAAAAAGGUGUCCCCUCUCCAGCUCCGAAAAAUGGUAGGAAAGUUGACUGGAAUUGGUCUCGAAAAAUAUUGGGUUUAUGGGAGACCUCUAUGAAACAGGCUUUACACGUCGGGGGCACUCGUGAACUUGUGCAAUUUAAUGAUCAAGUUAGUGAUGGGUCCCUAGUGCCGGUAAUCCUGCUUGUGAUGUGGUUGGCGGUGUAAUUGCCGACGACUUGGCCACGGUUGAGCGCUGCGCCGAGCACCUCGGAAAUCUUCGCAACUUUGACGACCAACCUAUCAGCCCUCAUCCGUGUACACUGGAGUUGCAUCCCUCCCCAGAAAAAUAGGGCAGCUCAUCAACAAAGCGCCGGCGGAAACGGCAUUACCCUGAUGCACACAAGUCUUGUGUCAAUACUUACGUCCUGACUGCAUGAGAUAAUUUAGCAGGCAUUUGGGAAUAAGCUCGUUUUUGAUGACUGGGAUCGGGCCAUCCCUAUGCCUGUCAUCGAGAAGCGAAAUAAAGGAGACUGCGCCAAUGGCCGUAUCAUAAGUAUUAUCGGCACUGCUGCAAAGGCAGACGGUUUCCGAUUUUGGGUGACUUGAGAGCAAGACCUAGCCCAGUCGGGUUCCAAGCAGGAUGUGAUUGCUCGACCAUGUAUUCGAAAACUCCACACUAACUGCCAUCAACCGACACCUACGCGCCUUUUUUGUUUAUACUGCAGCGUUAUGUUUCGUUCGCUGUGAGUCCCUGUGGCGGAUAUCUGCAGAAAUCGUCCUCGCGGUCAAGGCUCACUACUGCGCAUGUUAUGAUCCGUAACAAUAACACACAGCCUUCUGUCGCUCUUGAAUGGGUUUUCGGAGGGACUUCACGCCGUCCUGGCAUUGCCUUAUUCUCAUCCAGAAGCUGGCUGACGGGCCUCAACUGUGCUGUCGUCCGUCUCAAGUCAAAUUAUACUGACUUCUGAACGUGUUAUGGGCAAAUAAAGUCGUCGAACUAGUGGUUUAUCUGUCGACUACAGAAAGAUCAGCCGUUUCUAAACUGCAUUUGUGAUGACAAGAAGAAAUCUAUCGAAAUUAUUGGUUGCCAGUUUUAAGAAGUGCACCUUUCUAAUUUGACAGCGGCGACGUUGUUGUCUAGUGGGCAUGCUAAAGACGGCGCCGUCCGGCGGAUCCCUGCUAGUCGCAUGACUUCGAGAAUUCCUUGAAAGUUUCUGUGGAUUAAAAAUCACUAGUGAAACUGUUUGCACUCCAUAAUUUUUUCUGAUGAAUCAGACUUGAAAGUGCAAACCUAAACAGUAACAGUGGACUGACUGCUAGCUGAUAUAAUAGAACACUCGAGCGAAGUUCAGUGAAUUGACGGUUUGAAUCCGGUCAAUCACGAAAGUUUUCAGUUUAUCCUCAUUCGCUUUCUUUAAAGGCUCGCCAACCUCUGUGUGAUUACCAUAUUUUUCUUCUACAUCUUUUUGCAGCAAACUCGAUUUCGACGCCCAGAAGCGUCUAAAGCGGGAAAUACUGAAGCGCGUUUCCGGGUGCGGUCCAAUUUUUCAUAUCGGUUUGGAUAAUCAGGACAACGAGGUAACUGGACUCACCAUUUGCUUUACUUUUCUCGACAUCUUUGUUGCUCGACUUAGGCGUUUUUGCCAACUACUGCAAACGAAACCUGAAACGCUACGUUCCUAGGGGACUCUGCGAAAAUCUGUCAGAUUUAAGCAGACGUGGUAGUUGAUUUUCUAUUCUUUUCUCUGACUGUAUUCCUGCAUUUUACACUACAUGCCACCAUACCUGUUUGUUAGCUAGAUAUCAGCCGGCACUUGAGGCGUCCAUUAGUAGGUUACAAUGGACUGCAUGCCGAGAAAGAUACGCUGACGUCCUGACCGACUACAAGUAGUUAGGAAGUUCUUAAAUGCAUUUUGCCUCUCUAGACCAGUGUCAGAUUUAUCUUGCUCACGAAUGAACGCGCCCUCACAAUUUUUUUUAUUUUAACUGCAGGGCCUGGUUUAUAUGAAAUGCGCCAGUCCUGAGGUGGCGGGCAACGUGUAUCAGGCUGUACACGCCAAUUACUUUGAUAGUAAGUCUUCCCAAGCCGCACACAGCUUUCUACCCAAACACACUUAACUUUGGCUUACAGGGACGUAAUAUUGCGUCUAUGAGAUAAAACGUGAUCGAAGUGGUCUCGAGUUCAUUUUCUCCCACAACCAAUCUCGUUGAAUCGUCAGGCGGAGCGUCGGAGUCUACGAUCAACUGACCGUGCCCUCUGAUUCCCCUCCUCUGUUGUGUUUAUUUCCAUACAAUGACUAACGAGCGAUUGCUGUAUUCGCCCAUGCGGCGUACAUUUGCAGAGCACUUGGGAGAUUGUAGGAAUCUGAUCAUAAUAUCAGUUUUUUUGUCGAAUAUAUUUCCUUGCUGUAGGUUAAAGUGUCCUAGUUGUACUCUCGUAGUCAUAUUUACAUUUGAUGUGGGAACACUUUGACUUUGCGUGACCUCAAUGUGAAAUCUAAGCGUUCAGUUCUGUCUUGCCAUUCCAUUGCUAUUUUCAGCAGUUUUCACCUCCCAUGAUUGGCUGACACUAACCUAACUUGACCGUUACUUCCUUUGCAGCACAGCUCAACUGACUACGAGUUGUCUACAAGCGCGCCUGCUAGAAGUUUGUUUUUUUGCCUUUUAGGCCACCUUUUGAACGUGAAAUUUCUUCGGGCCUCGAAGUAUUAUAUUCGGUUUCCGGAAGCGCACGAUGCCACUAUGCCUCUAAAAGUGUCAGAUUUUGAGUGA